GGCCCCUCCACACCACACCCAUGGCCUGCUACGACCUCUGCCGCCCCUGCGCACCCACCCCGCUGGCCAACAGCUGCAACCAGCCCUGUGUCACCCAGUGCCAGGACUCCACCGUCCUCAUCCAGCCCUCCCCCGUGCGCGUCACCCUGCCAGGGCCCAUCAUGACCUCCUUCCCCCAGAGCUCCGCCGUCGGAUCCAGCGCAGGGGCUGCCCUGGGCACGGAGCUCAAUGCCCAGGGACAGCCCAUCUCCGGCGCCUUUGGGGCCUUUGGCUACGGCCUCGGCUCUGCCCGUGCCUUUGGCUACGGCCUGGCAGGCCUGGGCUGCUACGGCACCAGGGGCUGCUCCACCUGCUGAGCCCCCAAA